CCUUUCCUCUGUGUCAUUUAAAUAAAACCUACAAAAGUAAGCCGAAAUUAAAACGUAUGCACCAGUUUAACAACAAGCUUUAUGUUUUACACGACCGAGUCUGCUCAAAUGUAUGUACCGUAAAUGUAAUAACGUAGGUUUUUUCAUCUUGGAUCAACAAUGGCCUUCAGCAAGGGAUAUCGCAUUUACCACAAGCUGGACCCACCCCCGUACAGUGUCAUAGUGGAAACUAGGACCCGGGAAGAAUGCCUCAUGUUUGAAUCAGGGGCUGUUGCCGUUCUGUCGGCGGCCGAGAAGGAGGCCAUUAAAAACUCAUACGCCAAGAUUGUUGAUGCCUAUGGCAUCCUGGGCGUCCUCCGGCUCAACCUGGGUGACUCCAUGCUCCACAGUCUGGUGGUUGUGACAGGAUGCAGCUCCGUGGGGAAGGUGCAGGAUUCGGAGGUGUUCAGAGUCACACAGACAGACUUUAUAUCGCUGAAGAAUGAUCCAGGAGAUGAGGACCGGAUCUCUGAAGUGAGAAAGGUUCUGAACUCAGGACACUUCUACUUUGCCUGGUCUCCCACUGGAGCCAGCAUGGACUUGAGUCUCAAUGCACAUCGCAGGAUCCUAGAGGACACUACAGAUAACCGCUUCUUUUGGAACCAAUCUCUGCACCUGCACCUGAAACACUACGGCGUAAACUGUGACGACUGGCUGUUGAGGCUGAUGUGUGGCGGUGUGGAGAUCAGGACGAUCUAUGCAGGGCACAAACAGGCCAAGGCCUGCAUUUUCUCCCGCCUCAGCUCAGAGCGAGCCGGCACGCGAUUCAACGUCCGAGGAACGAAUGACGACGGACAGGUGGCCAAUUUUGUGGAGACUGAACAGGUUAUUUUCCUGGAUGACAAAGUCUCAUCCUUCAUACAGAUCCGUGGGUCCAUUCCUCUUUUCUGGGAACAGCCAGGAAUCCAGAAAAAGUCCUUAAAGGGUGUUUUGUUGCACCUGAAUGAGAAUCGGCGCCAUAAUGGGAUGGAUGAGAACCCUCACCUGGUCGGCUCUCAUCGUGUCAAACUCUCAAGGGGAUUCGAGGCAAAUGCGCCAGCAUUCGAAAGACACUUCACAGCACUGCGGAGGUUGUAUGGUAAACAGGUGAUCAUCAACCUGCUUGGGAGUAAGGAAGGGGAACACAUGCUCAGCAAAGCUUUUCAGAGUCACCUGAAGGCAUCAGAGCAUGUAGGAGCAGUGAAAAUGGUGAACUUUGACUACCAUCAAAAUGUGAAGGGGGGCAAAGCAGACAAACUCCACAGUAUCCUCAAACCCUACCUCAACAAGUUCAUAGAAGAGUGUGGGAUCUUCUACUACUCUGGAGAGGCAGGCAUCGCAAGGACUCAGGGAGGGACCAUUAGGACCAACUGCCUGGACUGUCUGGAUAGAACCAACAGUGUCCAGGCCUUCUUUGCCCUUGAGAUGCUGCCAAAGCAGCUGGAGGAAAUGAGUCUGACGGAGAAACCCCAGCUGGUGGCCAGGUUCCAGGAGGUUUUUAGGACCAUGUGGUCUGCCAACGGAGACUCCGUCAGUAAGAUCUACGCAGGCACCGGUGCCCUGGAUGGCAAGGCCAAGGCGGGGAAGCUAAAAGAUGGCGCUCGUUCUGUGACGAGGACGAUCCAGAACAACUUCUUCGACAGCUCCAAGCAAGAGGCUAUAGACAUCCUGAGGCUGGGCUCCACACUCAACAGCGAUUUGGCGGACAAAGCUCGGGCCUUGCUCACCACUUCCAGUCUUUAUGUCACUGAGCCCGUCUUACAAUCAGCCUCCCCUAGAGUGUUGCUGGGAAUGUGUCAGAACUACCAUAAAUACACAAAACCCAAGCAGAUCCGAGUGGGUGUCGGCACCUGGAAUGUCAACGGGGGUAAACAGUUUCGCAGCAUUGCUUUCCGCAACCAGACGCUCAACGACUGGCUGUUGGAUGCUCCGAAGAAGGCAGGGCUUCCCGAUUUCCAGGACAGCAAAGCCAACCCGAUAGAUAUCUUUGCCAUCGGUUUUGAGGAAAUGGUUGAACUGAAUGCUGGCAAUAUUGUCAGUGCGAGCACUACAAACCAGAAACUAUGGGCAGCUGAGCUCCAAAAAAACAUAUCGCGGGACCACAAGUAUGUGCUGCUUGCUUCAGAGCAGCUGGUGGGAGUGUGUCUGUUUGUUUUCAUCCGCCCACAGCACGCACCCUUCAUCAGGGAUGUUGCUGUAGACACUGUAAAAACCGGGAUGGGCGGGGCUACAGGCAAUAAAGGAGGCGUUGCCAUCCGCCUGCUCUUCCACACCACCAGCAUCUGCUUCGUCUGCUCCCAUUUUGCUGCUGGCCAGUCACAGGUCAAGGAGAGGAACGACGACUACAGUGAGAUCACUCGCAGACUCACCUUCCCCAUGGGUCGUCUGCUGUACUCGCAUGACUACGUUUUCUGGUGCGGAGACUUUAACUAUCGAAUCAGCAUGCCCAAUGAGGAAGUGAAAGAGCUAAUCAAACAGCAAAACUGGGAUGCCUUGACAGCUGGGGACCAGUUGUUGGACCAGAAGAAUGCUGGUUUGGUUUUCCGAGGUUUUAUCGAGGGGAAGUUAGAUUUUGCCCCCACCUAUAAGUAUGACCUCUUCUCUGAAGAUUAUGACACCAGUGAGAAGUGCCGCACGCCAGCCUGGACUGACCGCAUACUCUGGAAGAGGAGGAAGUGGAACUUUGACAAAACAGCUGAGGAGAUGAAUGUAGUUGGGGCAGCUUCUUCAUCUGUGGACAAUGACGACGACCCAGCCAACCCCUGGAACCCUGGGACUCUGAAGUACUACGGCAGGGCUGAGCUUAAGACCUCUGACCACAGGCCCGUGGUGUCGAUAAUAGAUGUGGACAUCCUGGAGGUCGACCCAGAGGAGCGGCACCAGGUCUACAAAGAGGUCAUUGCCCUGCAGGGGCCUCCGGACGGCACCAUCCUGGUGUCACUCUGCUCCUCCGGCCCUGACGACUACUUCGAUGACCCACUCAUAGACGAGCUGCUGGACAAGUUUGCUAAUUUCGGAGAGGUCAUCCUCAUCAGGUUUGUCGAGGAGAAGAUGUGGGUGACUUUCCUGGAAGGUUACUCUGCUCUUGCUGCUCUUUCUCUCAGCGCUUCCACCGUCCUCGGCAAGAUGAUUGACAUCCGCCUGAAGAGUUCAGGCUGGAUUAAGAAUCUGGAGGACGAGAUGAGCGUGGAGAGGAUCUGUGGAAGCAUCCCCACCUCGGCCAGCUCCACCUUGCUUGCUGAGGACACGGACAUGGGCGACGAUGAUUAUGAUAUGGAAGGUGAUGUGGACGAGGAGGUGGAGGAUAUCCUUCCCCAGCACCUUCAGCCUGGAGCAGGCUCUGGCCCUGGAUCCUCCCCUCUCCCCUCCCCCCGCAGUAGUCCCUGUCCCUCCCCAACCCACGGAGAACCUGCCGCGCCCAGCAGGCCAGGUCGUGGAGGACAACCCUCCCGACCAUCACAAGGGCCUCCUGUUGACUUCCAGCCCGGUGCCCCCGGAUCUCAAGAGCCCAAACGCCCGCCUCCCCCUCGUCCCCAGGCUCCACCAGCCAGACCAGCACCCCCUCAACGCCCACCACCACCUUCAGGAGGCAUGAGCCCUCUGCCAGUUAGAAAGGACUCUGCAGACUGUGGUGAAAGUCCCAGCCCACUGUUUGCUAGGAGAGGCAGCCAAGGACCAAAAAGCCCCGCUCUUCCUCGGCCAGAGGCUGCUACAGCUCGAGGCCAGGUAGCAGUGGGAGCUCCUGGACCUGGAGGUGUUCCCAGACCGAACAUCCCUCCUCGAGCUGGGGUAAUCAGUGUGCCCACUCAGUCUCGUCCAGCACCUCCCUCCCACCCCGGAGCACCCAGACCCAUCCCAGAGGUGCAUCCCGGGGCCCCUCGGCCCAUCCCAGACACCCACCCUGGAGCUCCACGACCUGUGGCCAGUGGCCAGGUCAAACCGACUGACCUGCCUCUGGGUCCUCCUCCAAUGGAGCCCCCUGCAGCGAGACCCCAAGUUCCAUCACCCAUGCAGCAGCCCAUGCAGCAGCCCAUGCUGCCCCAACAAGCUGCCCCUCCAGCCCACUCCAACCUCCCACCACCGAUGCAGCCCUCACUUCAAGCUCCGCUCCUUCCACAGCAAGCUCCUAAAGUAGGGCACCCUCCUCCUGCCGCCGCCACCGCUGCUGCUGCCGCCCCUGCUGGUUCUCCACAAGGUCUAGCCUCUCCUAAACCCCCACCACGUUCCCGCUCCUCUCACGCUCUGCCACCUGAGACUGCCAAGACUGAGACGGCCCCAGCUGCACAGACUAAUGGACUGAACGGAAUCCAAAUAGAAGCACAAUGGAAGCCCGACCCCUUCGAUGCACUCGCUUCUGAUUUCCCAUCAUCCUCCUGGCACGCCACCCAGUCCCUGACAAGAGGCUCCUCUCUGCGUGCUCCCCCCUCCGUUCCUGCUGCGUCCGCGUCGUCCUCCAGCACUCUUCCUUUAUCCUUCUCCCUCCAGUCCUCCGCUCUGUCAGAUCUGCAGGCGCUCGAAUCGUCCUCCUCUUCCUCACUUUCCACCCCGUCGCCGUUCGCCUCCUCCCUGCUCCCGCCUCCUCCGGUCCCGUCUCGCUGCCGAUCGCACGAGACGCUGCGAGCCUCCCCCGGCCUCAUCCUGACCGACCCGCUCCCCGCCCGACCCAGCAGCACCAAUCCUUUCACCGGCCCGCUGGCACAGCAGCAGCACCGCUCGCUCACCCCGGACUUCAGCGUCCAGCGUCCCGCCGUGACGCCAAACAUGCAGAGGACCAUGUCUGCUUUCACUCAACCACUCAUCCCUACCCCUGCUGCUGCUGCUGCACCCGCCUCCCAGCUCCAGAGGACCAUGUCCCUGUUUGGUCCAUCGUCCACUUUUAAUCCUUCUCCUCUUAUCCCCCUCGCCCCGUCUCCUGCCCCCUCCUUGCCUCUGGCACCACCUUCCUCCAUCCCGCCCGUCCUCGCACCUCGCCGCCAGCCGCCUCCCCCAGGAGGGAAACCAACCCAGCAUUGGGUCACUUUUGAUGAUGAUUUGGAUUUUCAACGUCCAACCAAAACACCACCCGUCUUCCCUUCCAGCUCCCUAGCGUCCCAAACUCAGACUCAGCCCUCCCGCUCUGUGUUCGACUCAGAGCCCGACUGGUUAUCCUCGGUUCCUUCAGCAUUCCCAAUCCUCCCUCCUCCCAUCGCAACUAGAACUGUACCCAGUAACCCAAAUCUCCCAGAGGGACCCAGCGACGACUGCUUCUUCCCCAGGGAGUCAACAGAAAGAUAGGAUCACUCUUAAUAUGUAAAGGGCAUAUCCAGAUAUGUAUAGAUCUAUGAUAAAUGUGUAUAUGUGCGUGUGUAUGUACAAAAGAGACAGUAUUUAAGAAGUAUAGACCAAUCCCCCUUCUGAAUCACAGGAAAAAGGAUUUAUAUCUCAAGCAGUAACAUGAGAAGCGUAUGAGCCUAAACGUGUGUCACCACGGAUAUGUUUGCUUGUUCCCCCCUGAUAUUAGCAUUUAUUUUAAUAUGAAUCGUUCUGAUGUUUAUUUUUAUUCAUGGCGGCAGACACGUGCCUGCGUCUACAGUAUAUAUAAAGGACAUGUAUACGCACAAAUCACGUGUUUAACCACCUGUGCAAUAUCCUACAUUCGCUGACACACUGCGGUUCAUAUCCAUCAUUCUGACUGACCUGUACCUCAGAGCGGGAUUCUCAGAGUAGAGGAGUAAUCUUCUACCUUCUUCAGUUUACAUGUAGUAGAAAGGCUAUGCACUGCAGGUUUUUUACAUUUGCCCCCAAAAUAGAUUUUGUUGUACAUUUUUGUUUUGUUCUUUUGAGUCUGAGGGGUGCAAGUUUAAAAAGUCCUAGUGUGCGCUUGCUUUUAUCAUGAAUGUACUUUACGUUGCACUGGGUUUAGUCACAGUCAGUCAAACUGUUCACUGCCGCAGGACUGAUGCUCUGUAAUAUCUCAUCCACCUUGAUAGUAAGACAUUUUGUUCUCCCUAUUUGGUCAUCGUUCUUUGUCUAUGGGCUGUUAACGCUUAGCUUUAGCUCUAUAUCAUAACCUAUACGUACAUAGUGAUUAUGUAUAAAUGUAUGUUUUCAACAUGGAAACGACUCGCUUAAAUGUGCGCGUUUUGUGAUGACCAUCAUCAGUGGUUUGCACAAUGUAACUUGAUAUGCACUGAAAGGCCGUCUCUUGGUUGUAUUCUUACAGAAAUGAGAGCCUGCGGAUUGAACAGAUGACCGUUCCACCUCUCUGUAGUGUUUUGAUCCUUCUUGGUUUAUCCAAAGCGUUUUAACCACACUAUUGUAAAUUCAGAGAAUGUGGUGUUUUUUUGCGUGUGUGUAUACUUCUGUUGCUCUUAAGUACGAAGAUGGUGUGAUUUGGGGUCCGUGGACAUGGCAGCAGCAGCAAGGACAAGCCAUGCAUAAUAAUAAUAAUAAUAAUAACAAGAGGGCACAUUUUUUUUUUUACUUCAACUUUUGUUUAUCGCAAAAGUCAUGCUUUUAAUUUCUAAGAACAUUUACUCUAAAUAAUCUAUUGUUGAUACUGUGGUGAGAAGUAAUGUGUUGUGUUUGAGGUGCAUAUCGUCCGUUGUCGUGUUUUGACAGUGUUUGUGUUUGGAUGUGAGUGUGUGUACAGAGUUAAGAGUGGGAUAUCAGAGCUUUUUCCCCUGUGCACAUGGUGUAUUUGCUUACAGGUGUCUGAACUAACAGCCACUGUAUUCACUCGCUCAUGGCUGUAACUGUAUUUCCUCUCUCCAGCCUGCCAGGGGCUGUGGAGUGGCCUCACUGUAUGCGAAAAUGUUAACAAUACAACACAAAGGACUUUUUUUUUUCCCCACAAAGGGAGUGAGAAUUCUCCCCAGAGCAACUCUAGUAGAAGAUUAUUCACCACCUUGACUCAACUACACUGUACUGUAUGCUCAAAAGCAUCACCAGAUCAUUUCCAGUUGUUUGUUGUGUCCUUCCUUCACAGGCGACGUGUGGCCCACAUUCCAGACAGUAGUGUGAUUUGUGAGUGUUGGGUGUCAAACCCUCCUCAGCGUUUGCAGGUCCCACCUGUGAUAUGUAACCCAUAGCCAUUCCCUCCAGUUGAGAGUAAUUGUUACUGAGCCUUGCUGAUUUUGUUACCAUCCAUGAGGUGUGUGUGUGGUGUUGUCAGUGUCCGUAUUUCCCCCCUGUACUACCUUACAUCACUCUUUCACUGCUGUUGAGUUGUAUAGGUCAGCAUCAAUGCUGACGAUGAUGAGAUUUGCAAAAGGAUCAGUGAGAGUGCAAUCCUUCCUAACAUGACACAUGCCAGCUGUUGUAAUCUAAUCAGAUGUUGUUUCCCGCCCUCCCCCCGCCCCCCCCCAACC